AUGAAGAAAUUCACUGGUAUUGUGAUUAUCAUGGCAUUGGUUCUGAUGCAAAACGUCGACCAAACUGAAGGAUUUGGUGAGUUUAGUGACAGAAUUAUGAUUAAUAAAUAUAUCUCACAUGCAUUUGCGAAAAAUGAAGAUCCAAAGGAUCAACAUCUGUGCAUCAAACACCAAGCCCUAUCUUAUGUAAUGAAAAAUUUACACACACCUCCCGUUUCUGCCAACUCCACCGGGGUAAAACUAAUAACUGUUCGAUCGCUGGCAUUGAAAGGUUCCGCAACCUAAAUAAUUAAUUUAGUUUUGUGAACUUCACUUGCGCUCUUCGCCAACAAUAGCCCCUGUUUCAGUUUUCCAAAUGUAGGUGACCGUAAAAUUCCGAAAAUAAGCCCCUCCAUGUAUAAGCCCCUCCAAGUAUACGCCCCCUAACCCCUCCGUUAAAUCGCCCCUCCGAAUAUAAGCCCCCCGGAGGGCUUGUACUUGUCCUCGAAUACAAAGUAAAACAAAGCAAAAAUGGUAAAUUACCUUCCCACUACAAGCUAGCCCAAUCGAUUUUGAAACGCAAAUAAGCCACUCCGAAUAUAAGCCCCUCCAAAAAUAAGCCCCUCAAAAAGGGCCUUUGAAAAAUAUAAGCCCCGGGGCUUAUUUUCGGAAUUUUACGGUAUGUCCGCGAGAACUGUUUCUUUAUAUGUACGCAUAAUUUAUGAAGAGACAAAGGGGCAAAUUCCCCCGAUACCUUCAUUGUGAAAAUAAAAAAUACAAGCUAAAAAGGUCCAUUGCAUCCAGGAAUUAUUAUUUGCAUAUACAAUUGUCUUCCUAAGUAUAGCUGAUUAUCCCUUUAAAAAGAUUAUUGGAACAGAUCUAUUUUGGAAUAUAUUUGACUGAAAACCUUUGAAAUGAAAAUGUGUAAAGCUGUGGAAAGGUUUGUCAGUCUUUAGUAGAUGGGUAAUGGAUGGGUCAUAGACAACUGGCACAAGUCCCUCCAUUAUUCAGGCAAGGCUAUUCACUGAUGUCUGGUAGGCCGGGUGGCGUCGACGCGUCGUACUAGGUACAUAAGGCCAUGAAAGAUGGAGUAAAGGAUUUCAAAUUUCAUUACAGCUCCAGGCGGCUGCAAUGUUCCCAUGCAUCGUGGUUCUGGAGGGAUUGCCAAUGGAAACAACCGUCCCAGGGGUCAUGGUUUUGAAGUCAACGUUGGACAGCAGAAACGAGACGGUAGCCAUUGGAAUGUGAAGUACAAAAACAACCGAGACGAGCACAAUAUUAAUGUCAACGCAGGGCAACAGAAACCUAAUGGCGAUCAUUGGAAUGUUGAUUAUACUCAUGAUAUGAAAGAAAAUAAGUAA